CCUGGGCUUGGGAAAGGCAGCGAGGAAGUGUGUGGUCCCUGGGACAGCAGGGCAGAUCUUAGCCGAGGUGGGCUUGUCCAGGACGGAGCCCUGACCCGGCCGGCCCCGGGCACUGCAUCGUUUCUUACCGAAAUAGUGCUCUCUUACUUAUUCGGCUGGUUUUUAAAUGCCCACCAUAUAAUGUGCCAGACUCUGAUUUCAGCUUAUGUGGAGAACUUGUUGUGGAAGCCACCUAUAAAUCCAUUUCCCGAAUUUAUGGAGAAGCCUGCAAAUGAUGGAAGUCAUUCAGAAGAACUCUUUUCCCAUUUUAAAAGUAUACCAGAGAAAGAACAUUUACCACGGCAUGCCAGUGAAAGUCAUCUCAGCUGCCUAAAGCAGGACAUCCUAAAUGAGAAGACCAAAUUGGAAGCAACAUUUAAGGAAGCCAAGUUAGCAACUUGUUCUGUAGAAUUACUUUUGCCAUUAUUUAAGGACACCAUUGAAGAGAUUAGUUUUGAAAAUACUGAUCUUUCUGCACCCAAUUUGAAGAUUUCUAAACAGAAGGAAAUAUUAAGAAAAGAAUUAGACACUUUUAAACUUUUAAAACAAACUUUAGAACAUCUUCUUAGAAAGACAGAACACCAACAAAGAGGGGACAGUUUAUCCAACUUGUUAGAGAAAUUAGCUGAUAAUGAAAGUGAAAACACUAAUCUUAGGACGAAGGUACUUGAAAAGGAGACCUAUAUCCAAGAACUUUCUUGUUUGUUUCAGAAUGAAAAGGCAAAUGCUUUGAAAGCAAGCCGGUUUUCACAAUCAGUAAAAGUAGUACAUGAACGACUACAGUUCCAAAUUCAUAAAAAGGAAGCAGAGAAUGAUAAAUUAAAAGAACACAUAAAGAGCUUAGAAACCAAAAUAUCAGAAUGGAACUUGCAAUUGAAAAAGAGUACGCAUGAAGCUGUAACGAUGAAAGAAUCAAGUAGGCAAAAAGCUUUAGCUCUAAAAAAGACAUCUAAAAUUUACAAACAAAGGAUUAAACAUUUUACUGGAGACAUGGAAAACCUUACUUCCCAAAUUAGAGAGCAGGAAGCCAAGUUGUCUGAAACAGUUUCAGCUUCCAAUGCCUGGAAAAGUCAUUAUGAGAAAAUUGUAAUAGAAAAAACUGAAUUGGAAUUUCAGAUCGAAACAAUGAAAAAGCAAAUUAUUAAUCUUUUGGAAGACCUGAAGAAAAUGGAAGACCAUGGAAAAAAUUCAUGUGAAGAAAUUCUUAGAAAACUUCACUCAAUUGAAUAUGAAAAUGAAACUCUGAAUCUUGAGAAUACAAAAUUAAAGACUACACUAGCUGCUUUGAAGGAAGAGAUUGCCUCUGUUGAAAAUGAACUCUUAGAAUUGCAAGAAGUAGAAAAACAACAGAAAACCCUUAUUGAAGUUUAUAAAACUCAGAUACAGAAGUUGCAAGAAGCAGCUGAAAUUGUGGAAAGCAGAUGUGAAAAUUUGCUACAAGAGAAUAACCUAAUAACAAAAAACAAAAAUAAAAAAUUAAAGAAGAUGAGAGGCCAGAUGGAGUCUCAUCUGAAGGAGUUAGAGCACGUCCGCGAUUCCUUGACGGCGGCAGAACAGAGGCUUCACGAGUGUCAGGAGAGUCUGCAGCACCACAAGGGGAAAUGUGCAGACCAAGCACACGCCAUUAGGGAGCUUCAGGGCCAGCUUUUGAAGCAAUGGGAAGAAUAUUCUGUCUCGGCAUGGGUUGAUGAAAAUCAUGAUCUUCUGACAAAGCUUUCUCUGGAAGAGGAAAAUUAUCUUAUUCAGUUGAAAUGUGAAAACCUUAAACAAAAAUUAGAACAGAUGGAUGCAGAAAAUAAAGAGCUUGAAAAGAAGCUGGCAAACCAAGAAGGAUGUCUUAAGCAUACCAAUCUUGAGUUUAAAGAGAAAUCUGCAGAAUAUAGAGCAUUGGCCAGACAGCUGGAAGCUGCUUUAGAAGAAGGAAGACAAAAGGUUUCUGAAGAAAUAGAGAAAAUGUCAUCUAGAGAAAAGGCUUUACAAAUUAAAAUAUUAGAUCUGGAAACUGAGCUUAGAAAGAAAAAUGAAGAACAAAAUCAACUUGUUUGCAAAAUGAACAGUAAAGCACAACAUCAGGAAGUAUGUUUGAAAGAAAUACAACGUAGUCUUGAAAAGUCGGAGAAUCAAAAUGAGAGUAUUAAGAAUUAUUUACAGUUUCUUAAAACUUCUUAUGUAACAAUGUUUGGAUAAGUUGUUGGAUUUAUUUUCU